UCCACGACUUCCUGUUGUACGCCAUAUUGACAAGGCCUCAAGACCGGAGAAGAUGUUUUCAAGGCUCGCACGUCAACCGCUGAUUAUCAGCAUAGUCAAGAAUGCUUUUUCGACGAGUGCGAAGACUGAUACAAAAGUCGCAGUUCUUGGGGCCAGUGGCGGUAUUGGUCAGCCACUGUCACUGCUACUAAAAGAGUCUCCACUUGUUAGUCAACUCGCAUUGUAUGAUAUUGCUCAUACUCCUGGGGUAGCAGCUGAUUUAAGUCACAUUGAAACAAAAGCUAAAGUUACUGGUUACCUUGGACCAGACCAACUCAAGGAAUGUGUGAGUGGUGCCCAACUAGUGCUCAUUCCUGCUGGAGUUCCCAGAAAACCUGGAAUGACGAGAGAUGACCUCUUCAACACAAAUGCUUCUAUUGUCAGAGACCUAUCUGAUGCGUGCGCCCAAUAUUGUCCUAAGGCAAUCAUGGGCAUCGUCACAAAUCCUGUAAACUCUACUGUACCUAUUGUAUCUGAAGUAUUUAAGAAGAGAGGAGUUUACGAUCCAAAGAGAAUAUUCGGUGUUACAACUCUUGAUGUUGUCAGAGCAAAUACAUUCAUUGCAGAGGCAAAGGGUCUUGAUGUGUCAAAAAUUAAUGUCCCGGUCAUUGGCGGCCACGCUGGAGCAACCAUUAUCCCAAUCAUCUCACAGUGCACUCCCCCAGUGUCUUUCCCUGAAGAAGAACGUGACCGAAUGAUUAAGAGAAUUCAGAACGCAGGAACUGAAGUUGUAGAGGCUAAAGCUGGAGCUGGAUCAGCCACCUUGUCUAUGGCUUAUGCUGCAGCUCAGUUUGGGUUCUCUGUGCUGGAGGCUCUGGGUGGUGUGGAAGGCAAAGUGGAGUGUGCCUACAUCUAUUCAGAUGAGACAAAAGUGAAAUACUUUGCAACACCAAUUUUACUGGGUCGGGAAGGCGUUGAGAAGAACCUAGGAAUGGGCAAACUGUUGGGGUAUGAAGUUGACCUUCUUAAAGCAGCUCUCCCAGAACUACAAGAAAGCAUUCAGAAGGGAGAGGACUUUGUGCUCAAAGGGUAGAAACCCACACUGCGUAAACAAGACAAUACUGCCUGCCUACUCAGUCUAUUCUGGAGGUUGAAUUAAUGUCUGUCUGUUUUGAGAUGCUCCAUAUAUGUGUCCAGGCAAAAAUCUACCUAAAUUAUAUUAUAUGUUGGCUGUGUGCAUAAACGAGCAUUUUACAUGAACAUCCAUCCAGAAUAGUUUGAGUUGUAUGGUUGAGAUAUCAUCAUGGUUCGUGUAAUCAAAGUGAAUUAUCCGGUUCGUCAUUUUGUGCAUAAUUAUAUGCAAUGGAACAGACCCCAUCAAGUAAUGCCUGUGAACUGUUUCGAUGUGGAGGCCUGAUUCGGGCAUUUUCCAUGUGCAAGUGCCAUACAUUACUACCCAACAUGUUUUGUAGGUGUGGACUUACUUGUGUCCGUUUGUCAGCAUUGAUAGUGCUGUUUCCCAUCUUGUAUGCGAGAGACUCAGAUUUGUUGAUAUGUAGUCAUUGCUGGUUUAUUAAAGAAUAAUAUAU